UUCGUGCCACCAUACGAGUCUAGCUUCAGCCGGCAGCCGGAGUAAGCAUCACUUCAGCCCGACACCCGCUCGAGGACAAACCGGUUCCAAUUACGCUCCAAUUUUCAAAAAUAUAAAAAAUGGCGCCUUCAAACCUUUCCCUGAACGAGGUGGUGAUCGUGUCCGCUGUGAGGACUCCUAUCGGCUCCUUUAGAGGAAGCCUGGCUAACGUCACGGCUACAGAGCUCGGUGCUAUUGUCGUCAGAGCUGCCGUUGAGAGGGCCGGAAUUCCUAGCAGUGAAGUUAAAGAGGUGUUCAUGGGCAACGUCUGUUCAGCUGGUCUCGGCCAGAACCCAGCGAGGCAGGCUGCUAUUUUCGGUGGACUGGAAAAGAGCACUAUUUGCACAACUGUCAACAAAGUAUGUGCGUCUGGUCUGAAGGCCGUUACACUGGCCGUACAGGGCUUGCAAACUGGAGCAAACGAUGUCAUACUAGCCGGAGGAAUGGAAUCUAUGUCAAACAUCCCAUUCUAUAUUAGAAGAGGCGAAAUCCCAUACGGAGGUACCCAGCUACUUGAUGGCAUUUUGUACGACGGUCUCACCGAUGUAUACGACCAAAUUCACAUGGGUGACUGUGCUGAAAACACAGCUAAGAACUUGAACCUAUCAAGGAAACAGCAGGACGACUACGCUAUCAUUAGCUACAAGAGGAGCGCCGCAGCACACGCCGCUAAGGCUUUCGAUGCUGAAGUUGUUCCUGUCCCAGUGCCACAGAAGAAGGGUGGAGCUCCUGUUAUUUUCGCAGAAGAUGAGGAGUACAAGAGGGUUGACUUUGACAAACUAGUCAAGUUGCCUACUGUAUUCAAGAAAGAGAAUGGUACUGUGACUGCUGGUAAUGCCUCAGCAUUGAAUGAUGGUGCCGCAGCUGUGGUAAUGAUGACCGCUGAAGCCGCUAAGAGAUUGAACGUCAAGCCCCUAGCCCGCGUCAUCGGUUACGCUGACGGAGAACGUGAACCAAUUGACUUCCCAAUUGCACCAUCUGUCGCUAUUCCUAAGCUCCUGGAGAAGACCGGUGUCAAGAAGGAGGAUGUGGCUAUGUAUGAAAUUAACGAGGCGUUCAGCGUUGUCACUCUUGGUAACCAGAAACUGUUGGGAAUUGACCUCGAGAAGAUCAAUGUUCACGGAGGAGCUGUGAGCUUGGGACAUCCUAUUGGUAUGUCUGGUACGAGAAUCGUUGGCCACCUGUGCCAUGCUCUGAAGAAGGGUGAGAUCGGAGUAGCGACUGCGUGCAACGGUGGUGGUGGUGCCUCAGCUAUCAUGAUCGAGAAACUGUAAGUCCUACAAACCUUACCCACACUGUUUAUGAAUUGACAAAGAUUUAAAAAUGAAUAAGUAAUUGAAUUUCGAAUGCCAUAUAAAUGAAUGUUGUCUGUUGUUAAAUGUUUUAUUGUGUUUGUAAACUAACGCAUUAUCGAUAUAUUCGUGUUUAUUUUUUUAUUAAGAUCUCGUUAUAUGUUUUGGACAUGAUUAUAUUCCAUAAUUGCGUUAUUGGUUAAAUAAAUAUAACUUUUUUAUUAAAU